AAACGAGCCUUGUCUGCCCGACAUUAUCUUCAUCCAGGCUCCGCUGGAAAGGAGGCUGAAAUGACGGAUGCAGCCAUGGGAGACAUACCCGGGGACAGUUUAUUGACAUCCGAAGAGGCACUUUAAGUUUAGAGGGAAGCAGAUGCGUGUGUCUCCCUCUUUACUUUCACCGACCCCCUCCUCCUCCGCUGGCAGAAAUUUAUAAAGAACAAAAAAUCCGACGAGGGAGGGAGGGAGGUAGGUAGGGGAGGAGGGGGGUUGAUAUACGCCGAGGCUGAAAUCGAGAGGCGAACCCAGGGAAAGAGGAGUAAUUUGUACACGGGACUUUCCCCCUCUUAGUCCCCCAAAAGGAGGGGGAAAAGUCGCAAUAUUGGACACGGAAAGGAAUGAGUUGCUAAGGGCGUGAAAACGUCUGCAAGUGUGGAUACUUUAUAUAUUUUUAUUUCGAAAAAAUAUGGCCGAGAACGUUCUGGACCCUGGCCCGCCUUCAGCCAAGAGGCCUAAACUCUCCUCUCCGGCACUUUCCGCCUCCGCCAGCGAUGGAAAUGAUUUCGGUUCACUGUUUGACUUGGAACACGAUCUCCCAGAUGAGCUCAUCAGCUCCAGUGAACCAGGUCUGGUCAACGGUGGGGACCUUAACCAGUUGCACACCACUUUGGGAGGAGGACCUGCAGGGUUGGGUCCUGGAGGGGCAGGAGGAAUCGGCCUCGGGCUUGGCCCUGGGGGUGUUGGCGGAGGCCAGGAUGCAGUGGCCAAGCACAAACAGCUGUCGGAGCUUUUACGUUCAGGGGGAACAACCUCGGCUCAACAAGGGCACCAAGCAGCUAUGGGAAGCCCUGGAGGGCCUGCUGCCAUGGGGCAACACUUGGCGAACAUGAAGGCAUCAGCUGGUCAGGGUCCUCAGCAAAUGAUGGGACAAGGGCAGCAGCACCUUUCCCCUCAGCAGCAGGCCAGUAUGAUGCAGCAGCAACAGAACGCAGCAGCUGGAAUGAUGGGUAGCAUGAACAGGGCCAUGAUGGGAGCACAACAGAAAGGCAGUAAUGGACAGCAGCAGCCAGGCAUGAUUGGGAACCAGGUGAUGAAUGGCUCCCCCAGGAUGGGCUUCGGUAAUCAGGGGAUGGCCGGCGGCAGCAACUUAUUGGCGGAGACCCUGCAGCAGCAGGGAGCUGGGGGUCAGGCUGGGAUGAGAGGCCAACAACCUGGAGCAAUGAACAAGAUGGGGAUGAUGGGAAACCCAGGGGGUCCAUUUGGAGGUCCAUAUGGAGGUCAGGGGAACCAAGGUCUGGGGGGCGCAGGGCUGGGCCCUCAACUCCAGAACAAAGGUCCCAUGGCCAACAACCUGGCUCAGUUCAGUGUGGACAAGAAGAACCAGCCCAUGCAGGGAAUGGGUGCCAUGGGCACCCAGCAGUCACAGGCAGGUGUAGGCGGUCCCUCCGGUGGACCUGUUGGAGGAGCCCCAGGGAUGGGGCCCAGCACUCCGUCGGGUCUGGUGGUGCCCGGGGCCCAGGUUUCCGCAGCUUCUGCUGCAGCCGGAGCACCACCCACAGCUGACCCUGAGAAGCGCAAGCUGAUCCAGCAGCAACUGGUACUCCUGCUUCACGCGCACAAGUGCCAGCGACGGGAACAGGCCAACGGUGAAGUCCGGCAGUGCAACCUGCCCCACUGCCGCACUAUGAAGAAUGUCCUGAACCACAUGACUCACUGCCAGGCUGGCAAGUCCUGUCAGGUUGCUCACUGUGCAUCAUCAAGGCAGAUCAUCUCCCAUUGGAAGAACUGCACGCGGCAUGACUGUCCUGUCUGUCUGCCCCUGAAGAACGCUGGGGACAAGAGGAACCCGCAGUGUGAGUCUCUACUUGGCGGUGCAGGUCCAGGACUGGCAAGCUCUCUUGGAUCAGUCCCUGGUAGCCAACCAAGUACUCCCAACCUCAACCCACCGAGCCAGAUCGACCCUAGUUCCAUAGAAAGAGCCUAUGCUGCUUUAGGCCUCGCCUACCAGGGCAACCAGAUCAACCAGGGUCCGACUGCCCAGCCUAGCAUGCCCAACCAAGGUCUGCAAGGGCAGGCUGGCAUGAGACCUCUGAAUCCAAUGGGUGUGAAUACUAUGGGGGUCAAUGGAGGUGUGGGUACUCCCUCCCAGAAUCAACAAGCCAGUCUGUUGCAGGAUACCAUGAUGCACCUCAAUGUGACUAGCCAAAGUCUGUUGAACGAUGCUGGGGUGGGAUCCAUGCCCACAGCAACCCCUCCCUCCGCUGCAGGCAUGAGGAAAAGCUGGCAUGAAGACAUUACACAGGACCUACGAAACCACUUGGUACACAAGCUUGUCCAGGCCAUCUUUCCAACUCCAGAUCCUGCUGCUCUCAAGGACCGUCGAAUGGAGAACCUGGUGGCCUACGCCCGAAAAGUUGAGGGAGACAUGUAUGAAUCAGCCAACAGUCGAGCCGAGUACUAUCACCUCUUGGCAGAGAAGAUCUACAAGAUCCAAAAGGAACUGGAGGAGAAGAGGAGGACCCGGCUCCAGAAGCAGGGUCUGGGCCUUGGGCCUGCUGGCAUGGGUCAGCCCCCCACUGGACUGCCUCCAAACGGCCCCCUCCCUGAUCCCUCAAUGUUGCGACCGACUGGACCAAAUCAAAUCAACCGGAUGCAAGGCCCAGGUAUGAAUCAGUUCAGUCCGAUGCAGUCUAUGAGGUCCACGCCUCCUCUCCCCAUGGGAACAUCAGGCAACCAGAUGGGAAUGGUUGGCCCAAGGGUUGGGCAGCCCAAUGUCAGCCAGCUACAGAACCAGUAUCUGCCCCAGGGACAGUUUCCUGGUUCAGGCCCAGGGGUUGGAGCACCUCAGCCUGGUAUGGCCCAGCCUGGAGCACAAGGAGGCAUGCCACAGACGCAGAUGGGAACCCCUCCCUCUCUUUCUGUUGCUAGUCCUCUAUCGCAGCCAGGUUCAGCCAGCGGUCCCGGUGGAGUCAAUGCAGUCGGGCCAAUGGGUCCACAGAGUGUGGGAGGCGGAGGUCCGAACUCAGCUGUCGGAACCCCCGCUCCCUCUGUGACCCCAUCUAAUACAAACCAGCAACCCAACUCCAUCUCACAUUUGGGAGCCAUGCGAGGCAGCUCGCCCUCCCCUGCCCAUAGCCGAUCUCCCACUCCCCAUCAGACGCCGCCCAGACUAGCUGGGUCCCAAACCCCACAGCCACACACCCCGAAUGCACCGCAGUUGGUGGCGCCUCCAGCCCCUCCGCAGAAUCAGCUGGGCCAGGGCCCAGGCUCCAACAAGUCUCUGCAGCAGCAACACGUGGGGCCGGCCGGUUCGACUACUCCAUCUCAUCCUGGACACGCCUCCAGCACAACGCCGCACAGUAGUCAGCUGCCACGCACUCCGUUGUCCCAGAAGGGUUCGUUUGCAGCAGACAGUCAAGCCUUGACUCCGGCUUCAGUCAGCAGCCUGGACACUUCGUCCCAGCAGCCACAGUCGGACACCUCAGCCACCAACCUCGACCCCAAGAUGGAGAUCAAGCAUCAGGAUGAGGAGGAGGAGAGUGAUGCUGGAAGCUGUUCUAAAGGUGGCAAGCUCGGCAACCUCAAAACGGAGGAAAAGCCAAUAAAAUCAGAACUCAAAAAGGAGGAGUGUUCGGGAGAGGGAGGUAAAGGAGUUCCCAUGGAUACGUCGACGACAGCGCAGACAAUGGGAGUGAAAACAGAAGACAGGAAACCAGAGGUGAAGAAGGAGGUGAAAGACGAGGAGGAGUCUUCGGAGGCAGCGGUACCACAGGCCCCAUCAAAAAAGAAGAUCUUCAAGCCAGAGGAGCUUCGUCAGGCCCUGAUGCCCACGCUUGAAUCUCUCUACAGACAAGACCCAGAGUCUCUGCCUUUCAGGAUGCCUGUUGACCCACAACUGCUCUGCAUACCUGAUUACUUUGACAUUGUGAAGAACCCUAUGGAUUUAUCCACUAUCAAGCGAAAACUAGACACUGGUCAGUACCAGGAUCCCUGGCAGUACGUGGAUGACAUCUGGCUGAUGUUCAACAAUGCCUGGCUGUACAAUCGCAAAACAUCGCGAGUCUACAAGUACUGCUCCAAGCUGGCCGAGGUGUUCGAGCAGGAGAUUGACCCUGUGAUGCAGAGUCUGGGCUACUGUUGUGGAAGGAAGCUGGAGUUCUCUCCUCAGACAUUGUGCUGCUAUGGAAAGCAGUUAUGCACUAUUCCCAGAGACGCUGUUUACUUCAGCUACCAGAACAGUUCACCAAAAUUUGGGCUUAUUGCUGACAGGUACCACUACUGUGAGAAGUGUUUCAACGAGAUCCAGGGAGAGACCGUUUCCCUGGGUGACGACCCCACCCAGCCACAGACAUCAAUUAACAAGGAACAGUUUGAGAAGAAGAAGAAUGACACACUGGACCCUGAGCUGCUUGUUGAAUGUAUGGACUGUGGCCGUAGGAUGCAUCAGAUUUGUGUCUUGCACAAUGACACAAUCUGGCCAGCAGGUUUUGUAUGUGAUGGCUGCUUAAAGAAGGCAAAUAAGACGAGGAAAGAGAACAAGUAUUGUGCCAAAAGGUUGCCCCAGACGAAGCUGGGCUAUUAUCUGGAGACGAGGGUGAAUGACUUCUUGAAGCGCCAAGCCAACCCAGAGUCUGGAGAGGUGUGCAUUCGCGUCGUCCACGUCUCCGACAAAGUGGUGGAGGUGAAGCCAGGCAUGAAGUCCAGAUUUGUGGACAGCGGAGAGAUGUCAGAGUCCUUCCCAUACAGGACGAAGGCCCUCUUUGCGUUUGAAGACAUUGACGGAGCAGAGGUUUGCUUCUUUGGUAUGCAUGUUCAGGAGUACGGCUCUGAUUGUCCUCAGCCCAACCAGAGGCGAGUAUACAUCUCUUAUUUGGACAGCGUGCACUUUUUUCGGCCCCGCGCUCUAAGAACAGCAGUUUACCAUGAAAUCCUCAUUGGCUACUUGGAGUAUGUCAAGAAGUUAGGCUACACCACUGGCCACAUCUGGGCCUGCCCUCCUAGCGAAGGGGACGACUACAUCUUCCACUGUCACCCUGUAGAUCAGAAGAUACCAAAGCCCAAGCGCCUUCAGGAGUGGUACAAGAAGAUGUUGGACAAAGCUGUGGCUGAGCGGAUAGUUCAUGACUACAAGGAUAUCUUCAAGCAGGCAACAGAGGAUCGUUUGACCAGUGCCAAGGAAUUGCCUUACUUUGAGGGUGACUUCUGGCCGAACGUGCUGGAGGAGAGCAUCAAAGAGCUGGAGCAGGAGGAGGAAGAGAGGAAAAGGGAGGAGAACAGCACUUCCAAUGAGAGUAUAGAUGACACAAAAGGUGACAGCAAAAAUGCAAAGAAGAAGAACAACAAAAAGACGAGUAAGAACAAGAGCAGCCUGAGCCGAGCCAAUAAGAAGAAGCCAGGGAUGCCCAACGUCUCUAAUGACCUUUCACAGAAACUCUAUGCUACUAUGGAAAAACACAAAGAGGUGUUUUUUGUGAUCCGGCUGAUUGCAGGCCCCAUGGCAAAUGCCUUGCCUCCAAUCUCAGACCCAGAUCCCCUGAUGCCAUGUGACCUCAUGGAUGGCCGUGACGCUUUCCUAACACUGGCCCGGGACAAACACCUUGAGUUCAGCUCACUGAGGAGGGCCAUGUGGAGCUCCAUGUGCAUGUUGGUGGAGUUGCAUAACCAAAGCCAGGACCGGUUCGUUUACACUUGCAAUGAGUGCAAGCACCAUGUGGAGACUCGCUUUCACUGUACCGUUUGUGAGGAUUACGAUCUCUGCAUCACGUGUUACAACACUAAGAACCAUGAGCACAAGAUGGAGAAGUUAGGCCUUGGCUUGGAUGAUGAAAGCAGUAACCAGGCUGCCGCCACCACUCAGAGCCCCGGAGACUCUCGCCGUCUCAGCAUUCAGCGCUGCAUCCAGUCCCUCGUCCAUGCGUGCCAGUGUCGAAACGCAAACUGCUCUCUGCCAUCCUGUCAGAAGAUGAAACGCGUUGUACAACACACAAAAGGUUGCAAGAGAAAAACCAAUGGUGGCUGUCCCAUCUGCAAACAGCUUAUUGCAUUGUGUUGCUACCAUGCUAAACACUGUCAGGAAAAUAAGUGCCCAGUCCCGUUCUGCCUAAACAUCAAGCACAAACUUCGCCAGCAGCAGCUUCAGCAUAGGCUGCAACAAGCUCAAAUGCUCAGAAGGAGAAUGGCUAGCAUGCAGAGAGUAGGCCAGCCAGCUCCUGGAGGAGCACCUGGGGGCAAUGGCCUGCCCUCUCCAGGGACCAACAAUGGAGGAACUGGUCCUGGUACACCUACAUCUGUUGGCACGCAGCCUCCAACCCCCCAGACCCCCACCCAGGGGGGCAUGUCGGCACCUCCUCAGCAGCAAGGAGUUGGGAUGGGUGGAAUGGGGACUCUGGGCCAGCAACAACAGCUCCAACAGCAAGGUGGUAAUAUUCCUCCCCAACACCAUUUGCAUCCCUAUCAGCCUGUGGGUAGCGGGGGGAUGAUGAAUUCUCCUCAGCUCCAGCAGCAGCCUCCCAACGUCCAGCACCUCCAGCAACAGCAACAUCCUGGUGGUUUGCCUCCAUAUAACCCCCGACCGCCGGGACCUUCUCCUUUGAACCAGUCCUUGGGAAAACCUGGACUGGGUCCAGCGACCCCACCCCAGCAGCAGCAGCAACCACCCAACCAGGGUCAAGGGUCCAUGCCUGUACAAGGCCAGCAGCAAGGGCCCCCCCUGGCUGCUGUAGAGACGGCUCUCAAAAUUCAGCGACUAGCAGAGACCCAGAGACAGAUGGCCCAAGCCCAGGUUCAGGCCCAAGCGCAGAUCCGCGGGUUGGGACAGGGGGGCAUGAUUCCCCCACACCCUCACCACCCGAACAACCAGUCCCAGAUGGCAAUGCCCCACAUUGGGGCCCAGAACAUGCCCCCCCAGGUUGGUGGAAGAACUAUGUUAGAUCAACAGCAACAAGGAAUGCUAGCUGGGAUGCAGCAAGGUGGUCCCCAGUCUCAGCUGCCACCCCAAGUACAGCAGCAGCUCCAGCAGGUUCAGCAGGGAGGUGGUGGACAGCUUCAGCCAACAACCCAGCAGUGGGGAGCUGCUGCAGGACCAACCAUGAACCCACAACAAAGGCCGGGCAUGAUGAGCCACAUGGCACCACAACAGCAGCCAGGUGUUGGCCAACAACAGCAGCAAGGGAUGAAUCAGCAACAGCCUCAGCCAGGAAACCGUGGGUUGAUGCAGGUAAUGGGAGUAGCCGGAGGGGCAGCAGGGGCCGCUGCUUCAAUAGCGGGUGUAGCUGCAUCAGGUAAUCUACCCCAGGCAGCGCUACAAGACCUCCUACGAACACUGCGCUCUCCAAGCUCUCCCUUGCAACAACAGCAAGUCCUCAACAUCCUUCGUUCCAACCCAACGCUUAUGGCUGCUUUUAUUCGACAGAGAGCAGCCAGGUAUCAAGGAGGCCAGGGUGGUCCUGGAGGACCAGUCGGGCCUCCUCAAGGUGGUCCUGGAGGUGUGAGGUUUCAAGGGGCUGCUGGAGGUCUGCCUGGUGUAGGAGGGCCCGGAGCCAACCAGCUUGCCAACAUGGAUGGACAACAGCAGGUUAACGUGAACCAGGCUGCUCAGCCAGGUAUGAAUAUACCUCAGAGUGUAGCAGGCGGAGGGAAUAUGUCUACAAUGGCCCAGCUUCAACAGUUACAACAACAACAGCAGCAGCAACAACAACAACAGCAGCAGCAGCAACAACAGCGCCCAAUGCUGCCUGGGAAUCUACAGCAACAGCAAUUGGCUGUAUUGCAGCAGCAGCAGCAACAACAACAGGGAGCACUGCAAGGAGGGCAGCAAGGCAACAUGGCCAAUAUGCCUCCACAGUUCAGAGAGCUGUUGAUGAGACGACAGUUGCAACAACAGCAGCAGCAACAACAACAACAACAACAACAACAGCAACAGCAGCAGCAGCAAAUGGGAAAUCACGGGCAGUUCCAGCAGCCUCAAGGACUGCAGCAGCAAGGCCAGCAAGGCUUCAUGCAGCCUGGUCAGGGUGGGCCAGGGAUGCCCCCCUCCUCUCAACCGCAGCCUGGGAGUGGAGGCAUAGGGGUUCCCCAACAACAGCAGCAAGGAGGACCACAAGGUGGGCCAGGACAGCUGGGCCAGCAGCAAGGCUACGCUACCCCUUUGUCACAAGUAGCUGCAGCGCUCCAGCAGAGGCUCCAGCAUCAAAUGCAGUUGCAGCAGCAGCAGCAGCAGCAAAAUGCGAUGGGUGGUCUUCAAGGACAGGAUGUAGGCCCCGGUGGAGGUGCUGGAGGACCUUCGCUCCAACCUGGACAAGGUGGCCCAGGACCAGGGCAGCAACCACAAGGUGGGGUUGGCGGAGCAGGCGGUGGGCCCCAGAUGCAGCAGACGUCCCAAAGCAUGCUUCACCAGAACCUCCACCAGAGGCUCCUGCAGCAGCAGCACCUCGGAGGGGGUUCUCCAGCACAUCACAGCAGCCCCAUGAGUCCCCAACAGCAGAUGGCGCAGUCCCCCCACCCCCACCACCCCCAUCAAGGACAAGGAGGACUCGGACCUGCGGGGUCGCUCAGCAGUCAGGUCAGAUCGCCACAGCCCUCGCCGAGGCCGCAGUCUCAGCCUCCACACUCCAGCCCGUCCCCACGCAUGCAGCCCUCCUCCCAACCGCAGCCCUCACCGCAUCGCAUCUCCCCACAGACCCAGACCGGCUCACCCCACCCGGGCCACCUCGGUCAACACCACCCCGGUAUGGCGCCACCUCAACCUCCCCAGCCCCAACAGCAAGCUCUGUCUCAGCAGCAGCAGCAGCAAACAGGUAGUUCCGUAGACCCUAAUCAGUUCAGCUCAGACCAGAACUCUAUCAUGUCUCAACUGAGCGGGAUGACGGGGAUGCACGGCGGACAGGGGGGGCAGUCGGACAUGUUAGGUGGGAAUAAUAACAGCAACAGCACCAACAACCAGGAGCUGGGGACGAACAUUAACCACAACCUUAUGUAGCCUUGACUCGAUACUGUCUUUCUGUCUUGAUGCUCUGAUCUGAUGCCCCGGACGACAAACUGCCAUGACAGGAGAGCGAGACGGGACUACAGCUUUGGGGUUUUAAAAGUUUUAAUUUUUUAUUUAAAUAUUUUUGUGACGUAUAAAUAUUAACUGAAGCUUCCUUCCUAUGGGAGAUGCAACAUCAAUCUUAGAAGUCAAUAAAUGAAUAAAUUAAAACAAUGGUAAGUUAUUGCUGUUAAUAUAUAUCUAUAUAUUUUUGCCAAUUGUGUACAAAAGGUGGAAGGGGCAGUGUUUCAGGUUGAAGAUAUUUCUUCCUUAGGUAUAUGACACAAUAUUUUUGGGGACUGAGAAUUUUGCCUUUUUAUGAAUAUUUUUAAGAUUUUAAAUGUGGCUAAAAAUUAAAGUCAGUUGACAUGAUGUACCUUUUUUAUUGUUUGUUUUCCUCCUCGAAUACCCAGUCAUGAUUGUAUCUAUUUUGCAGAGUACGUUUAUUUUAUUUCUAUAUUGUUGUGUUCCCAAAAUGAAUCGUAAAACAAGCAUCAACAUAUCUUCCGUUACAGGAGUCUUCUUCUGGACAGUAAAAUGUACAUUUGACAGUGACUGCAGCAAUUCACGUAUAUAGACUUUAUUUAGUUUGAUUAUGUAGGAGGGGGGGUGUGUUAAAUGCAGUUUGACUUUGACAGCUAUCCUAGGCUUGUUUUUGUUUAUUUUUUUUUUUUUUUUUUUUUGUCAGGGCUUACAGGUUUGAAUUAAACCUUAACAGUGUUUUCGGUUUCGGGUGACAGUGGCUUCCGGUCGCAUUUUUCCUGCAAGCAACGGCCACAUUUGCAGAAUAGUUUUUAAAAAAAUAAAAGUCCUUGCACCCGCGGGCCACCUCUCCGGCCUCCGUCUUGAGUUCUCCUGUGAAUGUGUGCACUUUCCUCACCCUGACUCCCCCCCCACACACACCCCCACCACCUGCGAAACAUGGAGGGAUGAACUGUCAGAGCCUGGUCGUCGAGCUGUUGGCGUAUUUUACCCGUAUUGAGUUGGCUGAUGUUUAAAAAAAAAAAAAAAAAAAAAGGUUUUUGCGUGUACAUAUAUUAAAGUGUUUAUGAACUGUGACAUGGAGAAAGCGUUGUAUUGUUUUAGGGCUGCAGAGGUGUAAGAAAAUCCUGCCUGUAUCCUUCACCCUAACGGUUUCCCUUCCAGUGCUUUUGUUCCUCAUCCUCAUGAUGCCUCUCAGCCACAAGAUUGAAUUCAAUGUUAGUACUGUACAAAUUAAGAAAUGGUGGACUUAGAUACUGUUUUUUUGUAAUGAAAGUGAAAGCUGUAAAAAGGUGUACAUACUUUAAAACCUUAUGAGCAGAGAAGUUCUUUCUUUUCUGCUGCUUCUUUUCCCCCCUUGUUUGAUUGGAUAUUUGCUGUAUGUGUUUAAAACUAAACUACAGAAGUGCUCCCGAGCUACUGUACAGUAUUGAGAUUUUUUCAAAAACGUACAGUAUGGGGUGUAGUCGGUCACAAGCACCAAUGCGCCUUUUUCUGUGUAUUUUUGACAAGGUUUUAGGGACGCAGGGGUCAUCGCAACAAGUCACACACACCUGAACAAUCUCAAAGCGUAGACGUUAAACCCACGCGGCGGAAGAGCCCGGAGCGGGGAUUGAUCAGAGUUGUGGCGUGAAAGAGUUCAAAUUUGGUAAUUUAGCUUUUUACGGAGAGGACUGAAGAUACAAGAUUCACAUGCUCACUAUUUUUCUCAAAAGGUUGGGCUUGCUGGGUAUGGGGAGGGAACGCAUCAGAACCAGGUGGCAAUAUAUCUUGAGACUUAUUUUAUAAGAAAAAAAAACAAGGAAAAACUGUCUUUUAUAUAUAGAUAUAUUAUUUAAUUUUAUUUUUUUGGAAAUAAAACUUGAAGCUACAGGAAUUAUUAGAUAAAACAUGUUUUUGUUUUGUAUUAAAGAUGUUAUGGUGAUGCAAAAAGACACUGCAGACAGUCAUUCAGUUUGCCUUGGGGAGGCCGUGGCGUAUAUUAUAUACCAUCCUUUUGAAGAAAUGUUUCUUGUACAUGAAUAUAGUUGUAAACAUACUGAAUCACUGUACAAACUGAUGGCAACUGAACAAAUAGUUUUGUUUUUAUCAUUUUCUUUUCCUAAAAAGAGACUGGAGAUAAGACUAUUUAAAUAUUUGUUUAGUAUUCAAAUGGAAUCUUUGACCACUUAUUAUUUUUUGUUUUUUUUUUGUUUUCGUUCCUCUUGUUAACAAUUUCGGUGCUUGCUGAGAGAAAGCAAAAAUAACUGUUGCUCCAUUUUCAUUAGUUUCUUUUUUUUAAGUUAUUUUGGUGGUCUGAUUGUUUUUUGCCAAUAAAUUAAUUGUACAAUAAAGUAUGUUUGUACCAUUGGAAAAAUA